CCGUCAUCGCGACAGCUUGCGCGCUGUCCACGCACAUCACAUAUGGCCGAGACAACAACGAACAAUGAGCAGCGGCAUUUGGUGUCCCUCGUCCUUCAGUCGAAGAAGGCGCUUCAGCACGGCGAACAGCUAUGCUCGCGUGCGCGGGAUUCUUCCAAAGCAUCAGCAGUGUGCGCCGUGGACGUCCUCGCAAUCGAUGCGAAGGUGCGGUGGAUUGCAGACGGCGUAUUGCAGCAGCUCAAGGUUGCCGCCGCGGUGGCGUCGCGCUUAGCGGAUCGGCGCAAGAGUAUGAUGGACCAGGUCAAGACUUUCGACGCGUCUCGCACCCAACACACCACCGCGCUCGACAGCAUCCUCGACUCCCUCGAGUCCCAGCUCGUCCCCCCAGACUUCCACGAAGCCUCCGAAACAUCAUCCCUCUUCGGCAGCCAGCACUCUGACGACGACGAGCGGCGGCACUCGCAGAGCCCCUCUGACACCGUGCGCGACCUACGCCGCCCGCCACGCGCUUCGGACCGCCGCCGGUGGAAGAACUUGCGCGAUUUCGUUGACGACCGCGCGAUCGACCAGGUCCUGGAAGUUAUGGACGAGGAGCGUGCGGCGCUGGAUGAUACGCUCAGCAAGACGCUAGACUAUCCAGAGACACUCAUGCGAUCUGUGGACAACAUCAGGCAUGAACUGCCCGACUCGGGUGCACUACCCACUAUGGAGGAGGUCCUGACCACGCAAGACUCGACGAUACACUCUAUGGCUGGUCAUCUUGAAGACCUCGCGCGGCAUUACGACCAGAUGGCCAACGCCCUGCACAUUACGGAGGAGGGACACGCACAUACCGAAGAAGAGAUAGAGCAGAUGCAUGUGGACACGGACGAGCUACCAUCAAUCAUGGCUGAGCUCGAAGACUGUCUGCGCACAGUGGAGGAGCUUCGCGAACGUCUUUCCACUGCUGAGAGCGCUGGCAAAGCCUACAUCGAUAGCCUCCGUGGCACGCUAAACGACCUCAAUCAGCUGGGCGAGAUCAUGUCCGAAAUGCUCGUUAAUCAGGACACCGUUGAGGCUGCCACAGAAAAUCACCUCGCACGCCUUCAUCGACGUCUUGAGCCAUUGCAGCAGCUGCAUGACCAAUAUUGCUCAUAUCAGACCUCCUUCAACAAGCUCGUGCUCGAGAUCGCGCGGCGACGGCACUAUCGAGAAGCCGCGGAGACGGUGAUCCGGGGUAUGAUGGAGCAACUGGAGGCCAUGACGGCGGAAGAGUUGCAGGUGCGCGAACGAUUCAACGCCGAGCAUGGCGCAUAUCUUCCUGAAGACAUUUGCCUCUGCAUCGGCAACGCCCCAACCCGCUGGAACAUUGUACCGCUUGCGGGUGAUACGAGAGAGGCCCUGCCGAACAUCGAACCUGACCUGAUAGAGGAGGCAAGAAAUCGACUGGAUGCUGGAGGUAAUAUCGUCGAUAGCCUUUGACUCAAUACAAUAGCUACGACGUCGACAUGUACUAUAUAGUCAGGACAAUUCGGAUCGUUUGGGAGACUGACA